AUGACCCAAAAGCUAAUUACCCCGGAAAGCCUAGAAGGUCGACUGCUUUUCGCAGUCCCCAAGAAGGGCCGCCUCCUUCAGGCCAGCCUGAACCUUCUCGAGGGCGCCGACAUCCAGUUCAAGCGCGAAAACCGGCUGGACAUCGCACUGGUGAAGAACCUGCCCAUCGCGCUGGUCUUUCUGCCCGCCGCCGACAUCCCGACCUUCGUAGGCGAGGGCCGCGUCGACCUGGGCAUAACGGGCUACGACCAGGUGCAGGAACACGAUGCGGGCGUGCGGGCGCUGGCGCGUGCACGGCGCAUGAGCAACGACUUUAGCAACAGCGAGAGCCCCUCGACGGGUAAACCCCACGGCUGCGAGACAGUGCUCGACCUUGGGUUCGGAGCCUGCAAGCUGCAGGUCCAGGUCCCCGCGAAGGGCGAGUACAAGGAAGGCCGCGACCUGAUUGGGAAGAAUAUUGGCACCAGCUUUGUGCACUUGACCCAUGAGUACUUUGCGCGCUUAGAGGCUGAGCAGGAGGGGAUUACCGACCCGGUUGAGCUGCAAAAUCGCAAGCUGCGCACCAAGAUUAUUGAACUGAGCGGUAGCGUUGAGGCUGCCUGUGCCCUGGGUGUCGCCGAUGGUAUUGUUGACCUUGUUGAAUCCGGCGAGACAAUGAAAGCUGCCGGCCUCAAGGCAAUCGACACGGUCAUCGAGACCUCCGCCAUCUUGAUCAAAUCCAAAGCGCCCUCGAACCCAGCCCUGGUCGACCUGAUCGCCUCGCGUAUCAACGGCGUCAUCACCGCCCAGAAGUUUGUCCUCUGCCAGUACAACGUGCCACGCGAGAAGCUGGCCGCCGCGGUCAAGAUCACGCCCGGUAAGCGCGCGCCAACAGUCACCUCGCUUGACGAGGAGGGCUGGGUGGCGGUCAGCGCAAUGGUGGAGAAGAAGAGGAUUGCUACGGUCAUGGACGAGCUGGUGCAGGUUGGCGCACAGGAUGUGUUGGUUUUGGAUAUUCAUAAUACCAGGUAG